AUGCAAUUUGUUCUUAGCUCUGCGAUAAUAUUUUUUCUAUUGAUUGAACAUAUAGCUUCGAUUAGUUUUCAUUUACCCCUUCAAACAAGAAAAUGUCUAAAAGAAGAAAUUCAUAAGGAUGCCAUGGUAACGGGUGAAUAUGAUAUAACAGUUCUUCCUGGUUUAGUAACUCAUCUCGAUGUAAAAGACACCAAAGGACAUACACUCUAUAAUAAAGAAGAUGCUACGAAAGGCAAAUUUGCAUUUACCACAGAAGAAUAUGAUAUAUUUGAAGUAUGUUUCGAAACGAAAUUACCAGCUGGCCAGCAACAACAUCAUUUAUCUGCUCAACAUACAACAAAAGAAGUGACAAUUAAAAUAAAACAUGGUAUCGAAACUAAAGAUUAUGAUGCAUUAGCUAAAGCAAAUAAACUGAAACCAUUAGAAAUUGAAUUAACUCGUCUAGAAGAUUUAUCAGCAGCAAUUGUGUCUGAUUUUGCAUAUAUGAAACAACGUGAAGAAGAAAUGCGUGAUACAAAUGAAUCAACAAAUAAUAAAGUUCUUUAUUUUUCCAUUUUUUCCAUGUGUUGUUUAUUGAGUUUAGCUGUUUGGCAAGUACUCUAUUUACGACGAUACUUUAAAGCCAAAAAACUUAUUGAUUAA